UUCUUCAUUUUAAAAAUAUAUCAAUAAGUGAUGAAAUGAAUCCUUCAAUUCAGCUUUAUUCAUUUUAAAAGACCAAAACAAUGUUAUUCCAUCCAUCCAAAGAGUCUAAGUAAGGCAUAUACAAAAUAAAUGAAUUGCGCGCGUUUGCAUAAAACUUGAUCAACUUUGAAAUUGAAACUGGAAGAAGUAAAAGAUUGAAGAAAAAUGGAGGGAAAGUCGAUGAAAUCGGAAUCACAACCACUGAACGCGAUUCUACUCACCAAAAUCAAAGAAUUCACUCGAGAUUUACUGCUGAAUCUCAGCAACGGACACUCACCGAUCAUUCUCCUCGAUCGAUUCAGAAAUCACUGCAUCCUUCCAGAUUCCAACUGUUUCUGUAGUUCCAAUUUGCCGUGUGGCAAGCAGGUUCUCACACUUUGCAAGGAAACGCACGUUCACAGGCUAGAUGUCAUGUUGAGAGUUCUGCUGAUUGUUCAGAAGCUUUUGCAAGAGAACAAACAUUGUUCCAAGAGAGAUAUUUAUUACAUGCAUCCAUCUGUGUUUUUGGACCAAUCAGUUGUGGAUCGUGCUAUUAAUGAUAUAUGUGUCCUUAUGCAGUGCAGUCGCCAUAACCUCAAUGUGGUUUCUGCCGGGAAUGGGUUAGUUAUGGGCUGGAUAAGAUUUGUCGAAGGAAAAAAGGUAUUUGACUGCAUCAGUUCUCCCAACACGGCUCACCCUAUUCCUGUUUAUGUCGAAGAAAUUAAAGAUAUUGUAAAUGUUGCUGACUACAUAUUAGUUGUUGAGAAAGAAUCAGUUUUCCAGAGAUUAGCAAAUGACCAGUUCUGCAACGCAAACCGUUGCAUUGUCAUUUCUGGAAGAGGCUACCCAGAUAUUCCUACAAGAAGGUUUUUGCGGCUUCUGGUUGAGAAUUUGCACAUACCUGUUUAUUGCUUGGUGGAUUGUGAUCCUUAUGGCUUUGAUAUCUUAACCACUUAUAAAUUUGGCUCAAUGCAAAUGGCUUAUGACACGAAACAUCUUCGUGUCCCAGAGAUAUCCUGGCUUGGAGCUUUUCCUUCAGAUUCUGAGAAAUACUUUGUUCCAAAGCAGUGCCUCCUUCCUUUGACUGCUGAAGAUAAGAGAAAAAUUAAAGCCAUGUUGCUUAGAUGCUAUCUGCAAAGAGAGGUCCCACAAUGGAGGUUGGAGCUCGAAAUGAUGUUGGAGAAAGGAGUGAAGUUUGAGAUUGAAGCUUUAUCUGUGCACGCACUUUCAUUCUUGACAGAGUCUUAUAUACCAUCCAAAAUUCAUGGUCAAGUUAACAUCUAGGGUGUCAUCUAGGAUCUUUGAUCAAUUUUUGUCUACCAAGUGAUACUAUAUGCCAUUGUUACCAAGGGUGUAAGAUUGAGACUACGCUUUAAGCAAAAAGAUACAUAA